UUUUUAAAUUUCCUUCAAUUCCAAAGUAAUUCCAGUUAAAAAUUUUUUUUUAUACAAGAAAACGAAAUUAUUUACAAGAAAAAAUCAUUUAAAGACAUUAUAAAAAGAAAAUCCAAUAGUAAUAAUUUAAGGUUAAUUUUAAUUAUCGAACAAAAAGAAAAUCUUUUUCUUUACGAUCGCUAUUUUGAUACCAACUGUUCUUAAAGUAAGAUCAACAUUUAUUUAUAAGAAAUGAGCCUUCAGUCUAUAAAAUAUGUUCAAGGAAAAUUAGAAAUUUUAGAUCAACUUUUGCUGCCGCUAAAUUCAAAAUAUAUUGAUGUAAAAGGUGUUGAAGAUGGAUGGAAAGUUAUUAAUCGAAUGCAGGUGAGAGGUGCACCAGCUAUUGCUAUUGUUGGUUGCUUAUCUUUGGCUGUUGAAUUAUACAAUGAAAAUUUCGAUAGUAAAAAGACGAUGCGGCAAGAAAUUGAAGGAAAAUUAAAUUAUUUAGUGUCAGCAAGACCAACUGCCGUUAAUAUGAAAAUAGCUGCUGAUGAAUUAAUAAAUCUAGCAAACGAAUUAACAAAAGAUGAAAACUGUAGUGUUAAUGAAAUGAAAUCAAAGUUUUUAGAAACGACUGAAGCAAUGUUAGAAAAAGACAUUUCUGAUAAUAAGGCAAUUGGGAAAUUUGGUGCCGAAGCUAUAUUACAAAGUUAUGGAAAAGAUAGUCCUGUUAAGGUAUUAACACAUUGUAAUACUGGAUCAUUAGCAACAGCUGGCUAUGGGACAGCUUUAGGUGUAGUUCGAAAACUAAAAGAAAUGGGAAAAUUAGAACACGUUUUUUGCACAGAAACACGUCCAUAUAAUCAAGGUGCUAGAUUAACUGCUUUUGAAUUAGUUCAUGAUAAGCUACCAGCUACAUUGAUUGUGGACAGUAUGGUUGCAGCUUUGAUGCGAUCUAAAAAUAUUGCAGCAGUCGUUGUAGGAGCAGACAGAGUUGCUGCUAAUGGAGACACAGCUAAUAAAAUUGGAACUUAUCAAAUUGCUGUUGUAGCUAAACAUCAUAAUAUUCCAUUUUAUGUUGCUGCACCUUUGACAUCAAUCGAUAUCAAUAUAGCUAAUGGUGAUUGCAUUAUAAUUGAGGAGAGACCUGACAGAGAGAUGACUCAUGUAGGUGAACAUAGAAUAGCUGCUCCUGGUAUUAAAUGUUGGAAUCCAGCUUUUGAUGUGACACCUGCAUCAUUAAUUAAAGGUAUUAUCACUGAGCACGGAGUUUUUUCACCACAUAAUCUUGCUGAGAAUGUUAAAAAUCUUCAAAAUGUUUAGUAUCAUGUGAUAUUUGUAUUCAAUUUUUUUAAGAAGUUCUUUAUAUUAAAAACAUUAUGUUAAGUUUAAAGUGCGUAUAAAAUAGAAAGCAAAGAAACUGAAGGAAAAAAAAAAUAAAGAAAAGGAAAAGUAUGAAACGAAUUUAUAUGAUUAAAAAUACAUCUACACACAUCUAAUAUUUAAUUAUGAUUUUUUAUGCUGAAAAUAAAUUAAACAAUGCGA